CAUUGUCACACCCACAAGUGAUUGUGUCGACAUUUCAUUUCUGUUUGCUGUAAACUUGAGAAGGAGUUGGAAUAAGUUGCUAUGGACUUGAGUCCUGAGCCCACUGCCCCGCCAUUACCACCUCGUAACAGAAGGGGAUCAGCUUCACACCAAUUUGGCCGUACCUUAAGACGGGGUACGAUAGCAUUCGGACGUGCCGUGGGUGAUUUUUUUGGAGUUACUGAGGAGAGUCAACAAGGGAAUGAUGAAUCAAUGGGAUGGGGACAAGUAGCUCAAAGACGAGCUGAAGAGUUUCCGGCUAAUUUCUCAACUCUCAGGAGAGCUACAAGGUUUGCUCUGGGCAGUGAUGCCACACCUCCUCCGAGCUACCCUGACAUUGAACUAGCAGGUGUUGGACAGACUGCCACUCAGUUGCAAUCAUUUGACCCUGCCGAGUUAAGCAGUGAUGAAAGUGAUGAUGAGACAUUCUUUACUGAAGUGCCUCCACCUAGCUACUCUGCCUUACCUCCUGGUGGGCGUGUCACUUCCAUGUACGGUCAUGAGGAUCCUGCUAGAGUUGUGGAUCGCCCAAACCUUCAGCCGAUUGUUGAAGAAAGAAGUAAUUUGUCUGUGGUUGUAGAAGAUGGAGAAUAUUUUAAUGACAAAGAAAGAGCUCUCCAAUAUUACAUUGAUUACAUUAAAGCCGAGAAAAGGGUGCGACAAAGGCAGAACCGUCAAAAUGCGAGCGAAUUCUUUGGAGAAGGAUCCACUUCUGUUGAUCGUCCUGCUAGAAGAGGAAGAGUCAGUUCGGUUGGUGAAGCCGUCAUUAUGAAGACAAAGAAAAACCGCUCCAAACUUCAGCGCCAGAACACUCAGGUACGAGAGAAAGUCCAGUCACUCCCAACCUUCUGGCCGAUAUUCAUUAUCGGUCUCACAUUUGUCCAAGUGGUCGUUGUCAUUGUGCUAAUGGUUAUCCAUCGUCCAGCUCCUUUUAACAUAAAACCAGAGGAGAAAGUAGCCGAGUACCCUAGCCUUAGGAAUGAAAGUGGAAAUGAAACGGUGACAUAUUAUCGUUAUACUAACCCGUGGUUUGGAAUCGGAGUCCUCCACCUCAUUCAAAGUGGAGUUAAAUUCACGCCAUGCAUGAGACAAGACAGUGCCAUUGCGAGUCGUAACUUGAUACAACGUGCAAGUGACAAAGAUAAUGGUGGGCUUGGUUGCUGUAGGAACAACAUCUGGGUCGGUAGUACUAUACCAGCUCAAUGCGUUAAUAAUCUUAAUCCAAACAACAAUACAGAGUACCUUGAUAGAGUACCCUGCGAGGAUACCACACUAUUGCUAGCUAACUUUCAUCCAUGCUGUAUUGGGAUAAUCGGUCAGUGUAAAGUGACUCACGUGAGAGAGUGCAAGGACAGAGGAGGUAUCUUUCAUCCUGAACUUGAUUCGUGUAAUGAGACCAACUGUCUUAAUGAUAUCUGUGGCUUGAAUGGUGUCGGCAUGGCCAAUAAUGAUCCAUUGCAACCAUCUGGUACUCAAACCUGGAGACUGGUUCUAUCACUGUUUAUACAUCUUGGUGUUAUUGACGUUAUCGUUAUUGGUAUUAUACAGCUGUAUCUUGGUAUCAAGAUUGAGAGAACAGCAGGAUUCCUUCGUAUUGCUCUUAUCUACUUUAUAUCUGGGAUUGGCGGGAACUUGGUGAGUGCUAUAUUUAUUCCUUAUCAAGUUACAGGUGGCGCUUCAGCAGCUGUCUUUGGACUAGCUAGUGUCCUAAUAGUUGAGCUGUUCCAGGUCUGGCAGAUUAUUGACAAAGCCUGGCUCGAAUUGCUCAAACUGCUCUCCAUAAUGCUGGUACUGCUAGCCAUUGGUACUCUGCCCUUUAUUGAUAAUCUUGCUAAUAUUGGAGGGAUCAUAUUUGGUGUUCCAGCUGCCAUUAUAUUCCUUCCUUACAUUACAUUUGGUAAGGUUGAUGCCUGGAGGAAGAGGAUUCUACUCAUUAUCUGUGUCCCACUUCUUCUGAUAAUGUUCCUCGUUUGCUUUCUUCUCUUCUUCUUUUUGGGCGAUCCAGACUUUUGCUCUUUCUGCCAUUAUUUCAACUGUAUUCCUUAUACCAGCACAUUUUGUAACAAUGAGAUUAACAGUCCUAAUCCCGAGGUCGUUGCUCUCUAAGAAACUAACAGUUGCUAUUUAACCCUUCUUGCUGCUACUAUUAAAAACUCUGCCUUACAUUUAAACUUUUAGUUGUGUUGCUGUGUUUUAGAUUAGUGUAGUUUCAUUAUCUUUUACUCUUGCUAUUAAAUAAAAUAAUUAAAAUAGGGAGUUAUCAAUGAUUUUGGUUUUUAAAAUUUUAA